GCCUCUCGCCACGAUACCCGCGUAGCCGCACCAGCUAGCGACAGUCACUUCCGUGCUUGAGGAUCCCGCGUCUACGGCCGUUGACCCCCUCCCUCCUCACACCUGUCUAAGCAAGCAGACUUAUUAUACCGAUCUCGCGUCCCCGACCUCGACGGGCUAACUCUUCUAUACCCUCCCCCUCCCCCGCCCUCCUAACGUUGUUUGCCCCGGGUAGAAGGGGACCUCCCUGUGGCCAAGGCAAUUUACUAGACGACUGUGAACAUGGCCUCGGAGACAAAGGGCCGCUUGGCCGGCAAGAAUGCCAUCAUCACUGGAGGCGCUGGUGGCAUAGGCCUCGAGACAUCGAUCCUCUUCGCUAAAGAGGGCGCGAGUGUUUUGGUGGUCGACAUCUCCGGGCCGGCGCUCGAGAAAGCGAAGGCGAAGGUCUUGCAGCUGGUACCGCACGCCAAGCGGGUAGAAACAGCGACUUGUGACGUUUCCAAAGAAGAUCAGGUCAAGGCGACGAUAGAGUCGCUAGAUUCGUGGGGGGGCCUCGACGUUAUCUUUAAUAACGCGGGAAUUAUGCAUGCGCGGGACGACGACGCGGUCGGCACGCCCGAAGAUAUCUGGGACCUGACGAUGUCGAUCAACGUGAAGGGGGUUUGGUACGGGUGCAAGCACGCGGUGCUGGCGCUACGGCGGAACAAGAAGACGAAGGGCAGCAUCAUCAAUACGGCGUCGGUGGUCGCGCUCGUCGGCUCGGCGACACCACAGCUCGCGUACACCGCGUCGAAGGGGGCUGUGCUGGCGCUGACGCGCGAGCUCGCCGUCGUCCACGCGCGCGAAGGCUUCCGCUUCAACAGCCUGUGCCCGGCGCCGCUCAACACGCCGCUGCUCCAGGACUGGCUCGGCGACGACGCCCCCAAGCGCGCCCGCCGCGAGAUCCACUUCCCCACAGGCCGCUUCGGCGAGGCAGUCGAGCAGGCCCAGGCCGUCCUCUUCCUCGCCUCCGACGAGGCUGGCUUCGUCAACGGCCACGACAUGGUCGUCGACGGCGGCAUGAGCAAGGCCUACGUUACCGCCGAGGGCCCUGCCCUCCCAGCGCCGACGAACAACGCCCUCAAGAACGAACUAUAGAUGCCGUCGCGGCUGCGAAAGCAGCUCUUGACGAGAUAGCUGGGUCCUACGACUAGGCACCGACGCAAAAAUGUCCAGAGAGCAGAGUCUAGGUACCAGAGAGGGGCCGAAGCGGCCACGCGGUAUCAACCCUGACAAUCGAAUAUGUUCUUUU